AUUAAUUUGUGGUCAGCAAAUGCGUUAACAAAAUUCAUUUAAACUGUUGUUUAACUUAUCAAAGUUUAUAAAAAGCUAUUAACUUAGCCAAGAGCGUGAAAGCAGCUUACAACGUUUUAUUGUCAGAAGCCAGUUUUACAGUUAUAACGGCUACAAUAUGUCGGCAGAGGAGCUGGCGCCAAUUAACGAAAACGACCUGAAGGAUCUAAAGCAGCGUAUGAAACUUAUAGCAGACGCAGAUCCUACUCAAUAUCACAAUGAGUUCUCACUGCGACGCUAUCUGCGCGCCUUCAAGACCACAGAUGACGCAUUCCAAGCCAUAUUGAAGACGAACAAGUGGCGUGAGUCAUAUGGUGUGGCCAAGCUCAAUGAAAUGGAACGCGGCCACUUGGAAAACAAGGCGCGCGUCUUGCGGCAUCGCGACUGCAUUGGACGUCCCGUUAUCUAUAUACCAGCCAAGAAUCACGGGUCCUCGGAACGCGAUAUAGAGGAGCUGACACGCUUUAUAGUCUACAAUCUGGAGGAGGCUUGCAAAAAGUGCUUCGAGGAAGUUACCGAUCGUCUUUGCAUUGUCUUUGAUUUGGCAGACUUUAGUGUCUCCUGCAUGGAUUACCAGCUGGUGCAGAAUCUAAUCUGGCUGCUGGGCAAGCAUUUUCCUGAACGCCUGGGAGUUUGCCUCAUCAUCAAUGCGCCCGGAAUCUUCUCCACGGUGUGGCCUGCCAUACGCGUAAUGCUGGAUGACAAUACCGCCAAGAAGGUCAAAUUUGUGAGCAAUGAGACGGAGCUUUGCCAGCAUCUUAUACCGGAUAUAUUACCCACGGAUAUGUAAAAAGAAACCAAUGCUUUCCAUAUUUAGUUGUAGUGCAACAUAUCUUCAGAGCUACCUAAUGGAAACCCAGUACCUAACGCUGUAUUUAAAUAUCUAUGCAGAAAAGAAAGCUUUCCACAAAAAUUAUAGUUUACAAGCAAUGAUUAUAGUAUAUUCUAUAAUCUUGGUAACAACAAAUUUAUGUCUUUAAAAAUGUAGCAAAUU